GUUUACCAUCUAUGGUAGAACAUUUACCUAAAUAGGAGCUCCUAAUAUUGUGUAAGACGGUGUGUGGUGUGCCUAGGUUUAAAAUAGUGCAGUGGAUUGUUCUAGAUAGUAUAGUUGAUCCGUUUUCAGUAGGUUAGUGACCGAAGUGUAAACAGAGUGUUUAGCACGUGUGUUGUUCGAAGUAAUUUAACUAUCUUCGUUAUAAAAUGACGAAAGAAAGUGUUGAGCCAGAAGAUCUCUUGAAACUAAAGGAGGAAGGUAAUGUUGCUAGUGUUCACUCAGAAGAUCCCUUGAAAUUAAAGGAGGAAGGUAAUGUUGCUUUCAAAGAAGGUAACUUAAACCAAGCAUUAAAAUGUUACAGUAAAGCUAUUAAACUAACCAGAGAAGAUUCGACAGAGAAGGCAAUUUAUUUUAAAAACAGGGCAGCUGUUUAUUUAAAGUUGAAUGAUUAUGAAAAAGCAUUUAAUGAUUGUAAUAGUUCAUUGGAUAUUGUGCCUAAUGAUCCUAAAGCUUUGUUUCGUAGGUGUCAGGCAUUAGAAAAUUUAAAUAGGGUGGAAGAAGCAUAUCGAGAUGCUCGCCAAAUUCACUCUGUUGAUCCAGGAAAUAAAGCUAUUCAACCUGUUUUGAGUAGACUUCAUGAAAUAGUUCAGGAGAAGUUGCGAAUAAAUGCCCAAACAAGUAAUAAGGUUGCCUCUAUGUUUCAAAUUGCGUUUGAUUUACAAGAGCCAAAAGAUAAACGUGAAACUGCUAUGAAUAACAUGUUGGUUUUAGCUCGUGAACCUGCAGGUGCCUCAGCUCUUGUUGAGGCAGGUGUUAUUCAAAAAAUAGGUAAUCUCUUAAAACUAGAGAAAAAUAAUGAAAUAUUCCUCAGUGGGGUACGCAUUGUUGGGGAACUUUGUAAAAAUAGUGUGCAGAGAACAAAAAGUGUUUUAGUCGAGUUAGGGGUACCUUGGUUUCUAGAAAUCUUGAACUGUUCUAAAGAGGAACAAGUAAAUGCAUCUCAGUACUGUCUGCAAGUGAUAUUGAAUACAUUGAGUGGUCUUGAUUCUAAACCAGAGUCUAGGCCAGAUGAAAAGCUUUGCGAAGAAAACAAAAAAGAGAUUGACACACUACUGACAUGUCUCGUUUAUUCUACCACAAGUCGAACUAUAACAGGUUUAGCUAGGGAUGCUAUAAUUCAGCUUAUCAUGCGUAACGUUCACUACAAAGCUAUAAACUGGGCUGAAACAUUAGUUGAGAUCAAAGGUUUACAGAGACUUAUGGAAGUAGCAAGUGAACUUCAAGAAUAUAAGUACGAGUCAGCUAUGGAAAUAACAGAGUCAACUCGUACCAUUACUGCUGUUUGCUUAGCUCGAAUAUACGAAAAUAUGUACUAUGACAAAGCUCGUGAAAGAUAUCUAGAAGCUGUUGAUGAUUACAUCAAAGGAAAAUUGAUAACACCUGAAAUUGAAUCAAAAGUAAGAGUAGUGGUCUCACUAACAUGCCUUUUACUUGGUCCAUUAGAUGUAGGUAAUACAAUUGUAGCAAGAGAUGGCAUGUUAGAAAUGAUCUUAGUCAUGGCAAAUACUGAUGAUAAGCUGCAACAGCAAGUGGCUUGUGAGUGUAUAAUUGCCGCAGCUUCUAAAAAAGAUAAAGUGAAAAGUAUUAUCUCACAGGGGGUGGACAUACUAAAGAAACUUUAUCAAUCUAAGGAUGACGGAAUACGUGUUAGAGCUUUAGUGGGCUUGUGCAAACUCGGGAGCAUGGGAGGAACUGAUGCUUCCAUCCGUCCGUUUGCCGAUGGAUCGACAACAAAGCUUGCUGAAGCGUGCAGGCGAUUUCUUAUAAAUCCUGCUAAAGAUCCAGAUAUGAGACGUUGGGCUGUUGAAGGCUUGUCUUAUCUUACUUUAGAUGCUGAUGUUAAGGAAAAACUUAUUGAAGAUAAGAAAGCAAUCCAUGCAAUGCUCGAGCUUGCAAAAUCUGGGAACCAAGCCAGUGUCUAUCCAGUUGUUACAACCUUAGUAAAUUUGUGCAAUGCAUAUGAAAAACAAGAGGUGAUCCCAGAAAUGAUUGAGCUCGCAAAAUUUGCGAAACAUCAUAUCCCAGAGGACCAUGAAUUAGAUGACCCAGAUUUUAUCACUAAACGUUGCAUUGUUUUGGCAAAAGAAGGAGUAACAAGUGCUUUGGUGGUUCUCUCGAAGACAGAAAGUGAAAACUGUAAGGAACUUAUUUGUCGAGUAUUCAAUGCGAUAUGUGCCGUACAAGAACUCCGCGGCGUUGUGGUUCAGCAAGGUGGUGCCAAAGUUCUCUUGCCAAUGGCUCUUGAGGGAACGGAGAAAGGGAAGAAAUAUGCAGCUCAAGCAUUAUCACGAAUUGGCAUUACUAUCAAUCCAGAAGUCGCUUUUCCUGGCCAGAGAUGUGUAGAGGUAAUAAGGCCUCUAGUAAUGUUACUACAUCCAGAUUGCGCAGCAUUAGAGAGCUUUGAGUCAUUGAUGGCUCUCUGUAAUUUAGCUGGUGUGAGUGAAACGAUAAGAAAUAGAAUCGUAAAGGAAGGUGGUGUUACGAGAAUAGAAAGUUAUAUGUUUGAGGAGCACCUUAUGUUAAGAAGGGCUGCUACACAGUGUAUGACUAACAUGAUACUUUCUCCAGAUGUUAUAAAAAUGUACGAAGGUAAAAAUGAUAAAACUAAAUUUUUGUUCCUAUUGUGCGGUGAAGAGGAUGAGGACACUGCACAAGCUGCCGCCGGAGCGUUGGCCAUGUUGACUUCAAUGAGUAAAAAGUGUUGUAAAAAACUGUUUGAUGUCAGUUCGUGGCUAGAAAUCUUCCAGGAACUACUUGCCAAUCCAAAUUUUGAAAUGCAACACAGAGGCAUUGUCAUUUUGUUAAAUGUCAUUCAAAGUGGAAAAGAAUGUGCUGAAAAAAUAAUGUCAACAAAUAUGAUGGAGCUUCUUAUGGCUUUGUCACUUCUAAAUGAAGAAGGUAAAGAGAAGAUAAAAACUUAUGCCGAGGAAUGUUUAAAAGCAGCAGAAAACUGGAAAGUCAUUAAAAAACCAGAGGAAGGAGAGGAUUUGUCUGAUGAAGCAGAUGAAUAAAAUAAUUCUUAGCACACUAGAUUAAAAGAAAGCUUUACAAGAAGAAGAGGCUGCGGGAACGUACAACAAGAUAACGAUGCUUACAGCCCAUGACUUCCCUGAGCAAUACUACAACAUCCUGACAGAUUCUUACAGGGCCAAUGUGUCAGUCGGUUCCACCCCCCUU